AUGGAUAUGGAUUAUAAUACCAACGUUUAUGGAGAUUACUACAGCAUCAACGACUUAGAACCAUUAUGCACUACGAUGUCGCAACACGUCAAUAAUGCAUUGUCGGUUGAGAGUGGUUUUAUGGAGAACAAUUGGCAGGACAACCAAAAAAUACAAAUGCAGAACCAAGUUAAUAUUUGGAAUAGUAUGAUGUACAGAUACUGGAAAUUACAAAGUCAACAACAUCUGAUACCGCAUUACCGGAAUGCUUGGUUUAGACGUAUGUCAUACGAAGUCAAUCCUGCCUCACACUCCGAUACAAAUGAUGCACAAGCCUCGUAUACGAAUAUUGUUCAAUCGCAUACACUCGAUCCAUCCCACACGUUCGCCUCAUCCCUUAAAUCUACUGAAGAGUCGUUGAUGACCAAGCGAUAA